AGGGCGGGCGGCCCCGCCCCGUGACGCGCCUUCCGGUGCCGGUGAGGGUCCCGCGCCGCCAUGCUGCUGCCGGCGCUGGGCGGCGCGGCGGGCCGGUCGCCGCCGGCCUUGGCCGCCCUGGCUCAGGUGCUGCGGCUGGAGCGGAGCCGCCGCACGGACCUCGUGUUCCCGCUGCGGAAGCUGGAGCGGUGCUUGGCUCCCGGCGCGGACACGGCGCCCUUUCGCCUCUUCCAGCCCGGGCUGCCCGCCCUGCAGCGCGCCGAGGCGUUCUUCCGGGCCGACCGCGAUCACCUCAUCGACUACGUCAGCUCCGCCGUCCGCAUGGACCACGCCCCGCCGUCCACCCUGCCCGAGGUGUGCUUCAUCGGCCGAAGCAACGUGGGGAAAUCGUCUUUAAUCCGGGCCUUGUUCUCCCUGUCGCCAGAAGUGGAGGUCAGGGUGUCAAAAACUCCGGGCCACACCAAGAAGAUGAAUUUCUUCAAAGUAGGAAAGCACUUUAUGCUGGUGGAUAUGCCAGGAUACGGCUACCGUGCCCCGCCAGACUUUGUGGAGAUGGUGGAGGUCUAUCUGCAGGAACGGCCCAACUUGAAGAGGACUUUUCUGUUAGUUGAUGGUGUAGUAGGACUCCAGAAAGCAGAUCAUAUUGCAGUAGAGAUGCUGGAAGAGUUUGGGAUUCCUUAUGUGAUGGUGUUAACAAAAAUUGACCGAGCUUCCAGGGGACUGUUGUUAAAGAACGUACUGGAGAUCCAGGAGUUUGUAAAGGAGAAAACUCAGGGAUGCUUUGCUCAGCUGUUCCUGGUCAGUUCUCUGAAGUUUUCGGGGGUUCACUUGCUAAGGUGCUUUGUAGCCCACGUUACUGGAAACCUGCCUGGUCUAGAGGCCAGCUGAAAACACUGGCGCCUGAUCUACUCAGCUCAUCCAGAACAAAAGGUGCAGCAUGGUAGCACGCCUCGCUUACAUACAUCGAGUUGUCCCCAUUCCAGGUGGGUGAAGGAAAGGACACAUCUUCAACUUUUUGAUCACUGUUGGCUUGAAACAGAGUGGAAUAAAAGACUGACAUCUAGAGGAA